UCGCCAGGUACAAAGGGUGGCUGCGCACCUCGGGCCCGACGUACGUGGGAACGAUUCGAUGAUCGGGCGUCGAACUCACCGGCAUCGGGAAGAGUCAAGUUGGACUUCAACAAGUAAAAUUUGAAAAGGUGUACAAAAUAAAUAAUUUAUGCAAAAUCGAGAGGAGGGGUAGGGGCUCUCGAGCGUAGCACUCAUUCAUUUCGGCGAGCGGGGCUCAGUUCCAUUUGGGGUGGCCACGGUGCUCAUGUUGUGUUCGUUCUCUUCCUACCGGUUAUUUUCACAUCCUGUUUCGUGCACUAUUUCCUGAAUAAUCUACGCUGUUUUCGAGGUUAUAUUGGCCGAUUUCUGAAUUUCUGGACUCAUUUGGAGGCGAAAAUGUGUUUUCUGUAAGCGGAGGACUGCGUCUCAUGCUUCUUAUCAGUGAGUUUUGCCGUUGAGAAGUUUCUAACUAAGGCCGUCUCAUCAAAACAUCAGAGUUUUUGGUCCAACAUCACGGAAGAUCCUUCAAGAUGGUUGUGCCGUUUGACACUUUCAUGUCCGAUGAACAAAUUGCAGAGGACUACAGGCGAUUUGACAAGUUGAUAGGCGAUCUGUGUGAUGUGCUUUUCCAUGUUCUAACAUCCGGACGAGCAUCCUCUCCCGGAAGACCGAACGAGUCCAACAACGGCCCUAAUUUACAUGCAAGAACCGUUACUCGCAGAUCUCGAAGGAUGAGUAUGGAUGAUCGGCAGUCGGAUAGAACCGGCCUGAAUGAAAUGUGUCCUGAUUUAAUUUCAAACAUAUACAGGCACCCAAAACGAAAUUCUCAACGAGUCUCGCUGCAAAUUUCUAGGAGAUGAUGCUGUAAAUCGGGUUAGCCAGCAUUUUUCUUGGCAUCUACGCUCUGAGAUUGGACUUGUCUAAUCGAAUGUAUCAAAGGCUUUGACCAGCCGUCCAUUAAUUAUGAAGGAUAAAUGCAUGAUGCAUUGCAUUGGAUUACCGAUCGUACAAAGUCUCCUUGUUGAUUAGUCGUGGAAAAUUCUACUCAUCAACUAAUUAACUUUUCAGUAAUGCGAUCAAAAAGGAGAGUUAGAUAUUCAUCUUCGAGCGCUGUCGAAGCAAAUCUAUCUCUCAUCUCUGAAAAUUGGGUUUUCCCAAGGAUGACAAAAAAAAAGAAAAGAAAUGCAACCCAGAAUGUGCUUCAGAGAUGUACAUUCAUAUUAAUUUGUUCUUUCACGAGGUAAAGAAAUUAUGAAGAGAGGUAUUGUGGAUGUUUUUUAAGUGUGUCAUUUCGAUUUAUGUGACAGUAUUUUUGCUCCUUUUUCUAAAAAAAUAUUUUGUCAAAGACGUCAUGAUAGAAAAUCAGCUAUGUCAACAGAACAAUCACCUCAUGCUCAUCAUAGAACUAUAAGUUCAAAUACUUUUUGUUUCUCAUCCAUGAUUAUGAGAGCGAACUUAUGAGUCUUCUCUGCAUGUUUCACCAAGUUGUGCCAGUGAUAACUGGCAAAAUGUUCGCUUAUAUCUCGACUUCAUUUGUAAUGUGUUCUCAAGUCUUUGAUAUUUUACUAUUACUUAAUUUGUCACGCUAAGGACAUUAUCAUGGCUUAAAGUAUCAAACAAACCCUUUCAAAUGUUGUAUUUCCUUUUUUAUAUAGUUGCGACCUCUAAGAAAGCUCAAAGCAGUUUUCAUCACGUGAAGCAUGUUUUACUCUUAGAAAAUUAUCAAUCAGAGGAGUAUAUGUAUUUUUUAGCUUAAGUUUGUAAAUACAAUGAGCGAAAUCUCAGUUAUUUUAAUUUGAAAAGUUUUUUAUGCAAAAUAAAUAGAUUUAUCGUAA